AUGAAACCUGGAAACCUCUCUGAUACCGUAGAAUUCCUCCUUCUGGGACUGUCAGGGAUCCCACUGCAGCCCCUCCUAUUCUGCCUGUUCCUGUUCAUGUACCUGGUCACUGUGCUUGGUAACUUACUCAUCAUCCUGGCCAUUAUCUAUGACUCCCACCUCCACACCCCCAUGUACUUCUUCCUUUCUAACCUAUCUUUCAUUGACAUCUGUUUCAUCACCACCACAAUCCCAAAGAUACUGGUGAACAUCCAGACACAGAGCAAAUACAUCAGUUACGCAGGAUGCCUCACCCAAACCUGCUUUGUCCUUGCUUUUGCUGGAUUGGAAAACGGAAUUCUGGUCAUGAUGGCCUGUGAUCGAUUUGUGGCCAUCUGUCACCCACUGAGGUACAAUGUCAUCAUGAACCCCAAGCUCUGAGGGCUGCUGGUUCUGAUCUCCUUCUUUAUUAGUGUCCUGGAUGCCCUGCUCCACACGUUGAUGGUACUGAGGCUGUCCUUUUGCCCUGAACUGAAAAUCCCCCACUUUUUCUGUGAAUUAGCUCAUAUUCUCAAGCUGGCCUGUUCUGAUAUCGUCAUCAAUAAUAUCCUCAUGUAUUUAGUGACCAGCCUGUUGGGUGUUAUUCCUCUCUCUGGGAUAAUUUUCUCUUAUACUCAAAUUGUCUCUGUCCUGAAAAUCCCAUCAGCUGGUGGGAAGUAUACAGCAUUUUCCAUCUGUGGGUCACACUUAGUAGUUGUUUCCUUGUUUUAUAGGACAGGUUUUGGGGUGUACCUUAGUUCUGCAGCCACUCACUCCUCCAGGAAGAGUGCAGUAGUAUCAGUGAUGUACACUAUGGUCACCCCUAUGAUGAACCCCUUUAUCUAUAGUUUGAGGAACAAGGACAUGAUGGGGACUUUGAGAAAACUCAUCUCUAGAAAAUCAUCUUUCCAUUGA